AUGUAUGAAGAAUAUAAUACCCACGUGAAGCACAUAACAAAAGUAGCAAUGAAAUAUAUUUCUUUCAACAUGAUCCGCCGGAAAAGAACUUGGUGCUAUAUUUUGGUUGUGUUAUACCCAUUUAUAUGCUUCUAUCUGUGGUCGUCAGAUAAAAAAGCAAUAAGGACUAUUCAUGAAAAACAGAUACUUUCACCGAAACCACGCACAACUACACCAACACAGACAUUGCGAAAAAAGGCAUAUUUUCAUGUGAACAAUGAUAUUGAAGGACCUGGACAGAAAGGGUCAGGGGUCACCGUCAAGGAAAGUGACCUCGAGGGAGAUGACCUCCAGCGUUACAAGAAGGGAUAUGAAGUCUAUUUAUAUAAUUCUUACGUCAGUGAUCUCAUUCCUCUCCGCAGGAGUUUCCCACCGGAUUUACUAGAAAAAGAGUGUUAUGACAUUGAAUAUGACUCCGAUCUACCGGAAGUGAGCGUGAUCAUACCGUUCAGAAACGAAGCCUUCUCUGCUUUGCUUAGAACAGUGCAUAGUGUUCUAGACAAAUCAAACCCCAACAUACUCAAAGAAAUUAUCUUGGUCGACGAUGGAUCCGAUAUAGACGAUUUAAAGACAAAGCUCAAGCUGUACCUUUCACACCUUCCGAAGGUGAAUCUCAUUCGACUACCUGUAAGUAAAGGGCUGAUGACGUCACGACAGACAGGGAUAAACAAUGCAAAGUCUGACGUCAUUGUUGUAAUGGAUUCGCAUUUAGAAUUGGCACCAGGUUGGUUAGAACCACUUGUACAAAGAAUAAAAGACGAUCCAAAAGUGAUGGUUUUUCCUAAAAUGGGCGGAAUCAACCGUGACACCUUUGAGAUCACCAGCAGCAAACUACAAGACCCGGUCUUUUUGGUUACUUUCGAUUUCUACAUGGCGGAAAAUCACGUGCCGACCAAAUCAGAAUACCUUAACAGUCGACCACACAAAUUGUCACCUAUAAAGUCCCCCGGAAUUCAAGGCAUGGCGUUUGGAAUCAACAAAACGUUUUUCCAGAGCUUAGGGGGCUUUGACCUGGGUAUGAAAGUCUGGGGAGCUGAACAGUUCGAGCUGUCCAUAAAGGUGUGGCAGUGUGGGGGCUCUAUAGAGAUGCUGCCAUGUUCCAGCGCCGCGCAUCUCUACAGGAACGUAGCCUGGGUAAAGGACCUGGACAAGGAGCGGCCCAACAACAACGACAGGGUCAUCGCGGUCUGGAUGGACGACUACGCCAAAAUCUUCCAGGAAAUGGGCGGGAAUAAGACGAGCCUCAAUAGCGGGGACAUAUCGGAGCGACAGAUGAUAAGGAAGAGAAAUAACUGUAAAUCCUUCCAGUAUUUCUUGGAUACGAUACAGCAAUACGUCCAUUAUUAUGUUCCUGUGAAUUUGAAAGCCAAAGGAAUGAUACAACAUAGAGAAACAAAUUUGUGCGUGGAUGGCCGAACCAACUCGUUUUUCCCAAAAGACAUUCUUGUAGCUUAUCCAUGUCAUCUAGGAGGAGGUCCACAGUAUUGGGAAAUAUCUGCAAAUGACGAAUUACGCCACGGGAUGUUGUGCUGGAAUAAGAAGGACCGGAAUGUGGUAACGGUGCCGUGUGGAGCCAACCCCAAUCAGAAAUGGACAUACGACCAAUCCGGAGAAAUCAUACAUCAGGAGAGUGGCCUGUGUCUGACACUUUUAGCUCAAAAUCAAACCUUGACAUUAGAGAACUGCCAAAAACUACCUACACAGACGUGGAACAUGCAACGGACUUAACAUUUUAUACAUAAUAAUAUUUUUGUGCAUGGAAAUACUGAAGUUAUCUUAAUUUUUUGGGGCAGUCAAAGUUAAAACAUGGUACGGUUGUAAAAAAAAACCCACAGCAAAUAGCGAGUUAUAGAUCAAACUUUAAUCAGUUUUACAUGAUUAUGAAAGAACUUCAAAAUGCUGAAUUGAUAUUUUUAAUUUUGACCACCCGGAAACAAUAAUUUGUUCCGUCGUAUGAUAGAGAGGCUAGUAUAUUUGUAUGUGUUAGAUAAAUAAACUGGUAAAUGUU